AUUCAUUCUUUCAUCAAAUAUUUAUUCUGUGGUUUUAUGGUUGUAUAAGAGCUUUAGCAUAGAGUUUAUGCCAAGUUUUAUGCUUGCAUGUAUUUAAGAAACAGAAUACCAAAACCAAACCCAUUGCUCUUGAGUCAAUUCCAACUUAUAGCAACCCUAUAAAACAGAGUAGAACUGUCCCAAAGUGCUUCCAAGACUGUGAUCCUUACAGAAUCAGACUGCCACAUCUUUCUACCAUGGAACGGCUGGUGGGUUAGCAGCCUUUUGGUUAGCAGCCAAGUAUGUAUCCACUGUGCUACCAGGGCUCCCAAGGAACAACACAGAAUAAUUUAAAUCAACCCUGCAAAAAUAAUUUUCUUCAAAAAAACACAUUACUCAAUUUUUAGCAACACUGACUUGGAUAUUCAUCAACCUCUACCCCCGUAUAGCUUAGACUUAGCAAAUAAAGAUCUAUUACAAAGCUAAAGGCAUAACCAGUUGUGUAGACACAGGUGGUGUCCCAGCUGUAAUAGCCCAUUGCUUUAUUGAUCUCUGCUAUUUGUUUUCAGCUUACAGGAACCCCAUCUGGGCCCCUAAAACAAAACGAAACAAAACCUUUUGUCUUCUUGACAAAUUAUUCCCAAUUCCAAAAAGAAUAAUCUUAAUAAAUAAGACACACCCGCCAAUAAUAUAUUAAAAGGACCAGGCAGCUGCUGGACCCCCAGACAUUUCUUGCUCAUAGGGAGAAUGUUCUUCAAAGGGAGAACCUGGCUUUGGUUAUUUAUCAGAACAAGUAUCAUUCUAGGAAGUGGAUUAAAUAGCCCAGAGCAACAUGGAAAAAAUAAUUGUUAUCAGAUUAACAGUUUUCAAUGCAGCUUUAAGGAAGCAGAAGAUUACUGUCAUGCCCAGAGAGGAUACCUUGCUUACCCUUGGAACCAGGAAGUUCAAGAUCUCAUCUGGGACUUUUUGGAAGAAGGGAAGAAGUGGUGGAUUGGGCAAAAAUUAAUAGUACUGAGAAAACAUCAACAAAGCAACCCAGAUGUUGCAGCCCACCAUGCCACAAAGCCCACCAACUGCACCUACGUGUCCAGAAACUCUAGUUUUAUCUUAUCAAAAGUGGACUCCUGCUUACUGGAGCAUUAUUUCAUUUGCCAGGCUGAUGCCUUUUCGGACCCAGAUGCCAGUCAUGAAAGAAAUGGAGGUAAUUCUCAUUUACCACAGAGACCUAAGAAGACAAAAAGAGAAGUCACAACACUGAGAAGCAAAUUGACCUCAGGUGAUCUGUCCAAGACCCUGUGCCAUCCCAUCAGCCCAUUUUCUUCAAUAGUACCAAAAGUCACACAGCAGGUGAUAUCGGUCACAUCUGUUCCUACCAGCCAGCCUCCACCUGUGAUACCAGAGUUUACCAGGCCUACACCUCUAACACAUGCUGAAAAAGCUCUGGAAGAAAUAACUUUAAGCUCAAAGAAGGACUCACAUUCAGAUGUCUCCACCACUCAUCUGCAAGCAUCAUUUCUGAAUGCAUCUGACCAGGUCAUAGAUGAAAUAGUGAGGAAGUUUAACAGAGCAAUCCGUGGUUUGCAAACUCACAACGAAUUGCAGAAAGCUUGUGAGGUCCUCCAGAAACUGACAGCCUUUAUUCCAAGAAUCUCUAAGCCAGCUAAGAUCAGUGUCAUUGAUUCCCUUGUCUACCUGAGUGAGCAGUUACGGAAGAUCCCAUUUCAUAACAACAGCUCUCUGCACUUGAAAGUUCCUGUGACCAUCUGCCUCUUUUAUUCCCUCAACAACGUAAUGAAAGCUGGUGAAGCAGGCUGGCAGAAAUCUAAGUAUGAUGUUGAGUGGGUAGACAUCAUGCUGGAAAGGUCUUUGCAGGCUCUUGGGAUGAUCCAGGAAGGAUUUCUACAGCAGAGUUCGUUUUCUGAGUCUUCAGUGACUUUGACCUCUUCCGUUGUUACUCUAAUGCUGAGCAGCCAAAACAUAUCAACUUUGCCUCUGAGCUAUUAUACUCUGGGAGACCCAGCACCUGUGAGGUUAGGCUUUCCAUCAGCUUCGGCUUUGGAGGAGCUCUUGAAUGAACACCCAACAGUUAACGUCCAAGUGACAGGACUAGCUUUCAACCCCUUCAAGAAUUUUGAUAACAGGAACAUUGUUGGAAGCAUUGGAAGUGUAUUACUAAGCUCUAAUAAUAAAUUGCUCCAAGUUCAUGAUUUAAUGGAAGAGAUUGAGAUCAUGCUCUGGAGAAAUGCUAGCAUGGAAACCCAUUCCACCAGCCUCAACAUGAGUACAGACCAUUUUACGAUCGCAGUGAAUAUCACUUCCCUGGAAAAAUCUCUGAUAGUGUGCAUAGAGCCUGAAAGUCCUCUUUUAAUCACACUCUACCUGGGCUUCCAAAAUCAGCCAAACCACACUCACUACCACCUGAACAUCACCCUUCCAAAGGAUCCAGUGUGGCAGAAAGAUGAAGAAUAUACAUGGGUGCUGACUCCAGAGAGUCUGCAAUAUGGGAUUGGCACCUACUACAUAACAGCUAUGUUGAAUAAAACCAAGGAAGGUGCUCAGCAGAUGCCCACCCUGCUUUCAGUCAUAACUGCUGCCACUCAGUGUUAUUUCUGGGACAGCUACAACAGAACAUGGAGGAGCGAUGGAUGCCAAGUUGGACCGCAGAGCACAGUUUUGAGGACACAGUGUCUCUGUAACCACUUGACCUACUUUACAAGUGACUUCUUCAUUGUGCCCAGGACAGUGAAUGUUGAAGACACAAUCAAGCUGUUUCUUCGUGUGACCAACAACCCUGUUGGGGUGUCAUUGCUGGCCAGCGUUCUAGGAUUCUAUAUGAUUAUGGUUGUGUGGGCUUGGAGAAAGGAUCAAGCCGAUAUGCAGAAGGUGAAGGUCACUGUCCUGGCUGAUAAUGACCCCAGCUUUCAAUUUUACUACCUUAUUCAAGUCUAUACUGGAUAUCGGAGAAGGGCUGCUACAACAGCCAAGGUUGUUAUCAUCCUGUAUGGAUCAGAGGGAUCGAGUGAGCCCCAUCACCUUUGUGACUCUCAGAAGGCAGUCUUUGAACGAGGGGGACUGGAUGUCUUCCUUCUCACCACUCAGUCCUCUCUAGGAGAAUUGCACAGCCUUCGGCUCUGGCAUGACAAUUCUGGCGUCAGCCCUUCUUGGUAUAUAAACCAGGUAAUUGUCAGUGACAUGGCAGUUAAGAGGAAAUGGCAUUUCCUGUGCAAUUGUUGGCUGGCUGUGGACAUAGGAGAUUGCGAGCGUGACCAGAUCUUCACACCAGUCUCAAAGAGAGAUCUCUUUUCCUUUAGGCACCUGUUUUCCUCCAUGAUAAUAGAAAAGUUCACACAAGAUCAUCUGUGGCUCUCAGUUGCAACUCGACACCCCUGGAACCAGUUCACAAGAGUCCAGCGGCUCACUUGCUGCAUGACACUGCUUCUCUGCAACAUGGUCAUCAAUGUCAUGUUUUGGAAGAUAAAUGGCACCACUGCCAAGAGAGACGAGCAAGUGGGUCCGUUUGAUGUGACCUGGUCUGAACUGCUUAUCAGCAUCCAAACGGCUGUCAUCCUUUUCCCAAUCAAUCUUGUAAUUGGACGGAUCUUCCCGCUGAUUCAAACACAGGAGCCUGCACCUUUCUUUCCCCUCAUUCAGGCUCCCUGCCCCUCAGAUGCUUCCUUUGAGCCUCUCUCUCUCACAAAGGUAGUUGAGGAAUUAAAGGAAACUGUGGGAUUCCUGCUCAAGAGAAAUACAUACCUACUUUCAGAGUGUGAACAAUCAUCAUGGAGUUCUUACAACAUUAACAAGCUGGUGACACUUUUAUCCAGCCUCAUUUAUUCUCACUUAGAGGCCCAUGGCAGUCAUCAGCAGGCAGGAUCCAUUUGGGCAAAUGUGGUUCCUGAAAACCACCGUCAUUUCUGCUAUUACCUGCUCAGAGUUCUGCGGAGGCUACAAUCUCAUUUAGGCAUACUGGGUAUCACCGAAGUUCACCAGCCUUGUGACUUCCUUGAUGCAGCCAGCCAACUGCAAAAACUCCAGGGAAUCUUGGAAACACACAUUCUUUCCAUGGAGCAAGGGCCACCCAGGGAGGCGACCAGUUUUCCCCUCCUGAUCUCAGAAGAAGGGAACAAGCUGCUCUCUAAUGGCCUGCCUAGAUGGCUGGCUUAUCUCUGCUGGCUCCUUCUCGGUAUCACUAGUCUGGCCUCAGCCUUUUUUACAGCACUUUAUAGCCUGGAAUUGAACAAAGAUCAAGCCACCAGCUGGGUUAUUUCGUUGGUGUUAUCAGUGCUCCAAAAUACCUUCAUCAGCCAACCUGUAAAGGUGGUUGUCCUCACAUUCUUGUUCUCACUGAUGCUGAACAGGAUGCCGUGGCUUAACAAAGAGAAGGAACAACAAAUGAAGAGAAUCUUGGCACUCUUGGCAAAAUGUUCUUCAUCAUUACCUGGUACAAGAGAUAAGAACAACCCCAUCUACAUAGCUCCUGCUAUGAACAGUCCAAUUAGGCCUCCAGAAAGAAUGCUGAAAGAGGAGAAGCUCUUCAAACUGACCGGAGAUAUUUUGGUACAAAUACUCUUCCUAACCUUGUUGAUGACUACAAUCUACUCUGCAAAGAACUCUAAUAGAUUUUACCUCCAUCAAGCUAUCCAGAAGAGCUUUUCUCAUCAUUUCUCAGAGAUCAAACUUCUUAAGGAUUUCUACCCCUGGGCCAUUUGCACCCUCCUUCCUAACCUGUACGGAGAUUACAGAGGUAGGAACACAGUCCUGGGGCCUAAGUGCAAAUGUGGGGUGCAGAACACUCCUGCCCAAAAUACCCCUACCAUGACACAUUAGAACACUGGAAAAGGUAAGCUGGCUUUUUCCAUAUGACCUUAUCUCUGUAGGCACCCCAAGGCUCUCCUCCCUGAACUUCAGCUAACCGGGUUCAGGUUUAUGUCUGUUCUCCCAGGGUAAUCAAGUCCGCAGGGGCUGUUUCCCACUGAUAAGUAUCACAAGAGGUUAUCUGCUAAAUAAGAGUGAGAAUCUACUCCUUACCUCAUGAAAAGUGCUUUCUUCACAUCCGUAAGGCUGGACAGUUUAAUUUCGCUAUGGACAUCAAAGAACAGCUUUGCCUGGCCCAUCAUCUCACAAGUCAUCUAUUAUCUACUAGUCUGUUACUACACCUUCAUCCAGGGUUGUCGGCUGAAACAGCAGAGGUGGAGGUUCUUCUCUAGGAAGAGAAACAUUCUGGACACAAGCAUAAUCCUCAUUAGCUUUGUCACCUUGGGGCUUGAUAUGAAGCGUACUUCUCUACAUAAGAAAAACUUGGCAAGAUACCGCCACAACCGGGAUGGGUUCGUCAGCUUCUAUGAGGCAGUAAAAAUGAACUCUGCCGUCAUUCACCUUGUGGGCUUCCUGGUGCUACUGGCAACUGUUCAGCUGUGGAGCCUUCUGCGUCAUGACGCCAGGCUGCGGGUCAUUGGCAGCACACUGAGCAAAGCCUGGGACGAGGUGGUGGGCUUUUUGCUGGUCAUCCUGAUCCUGCUGACAGGCUAUGCCACUGCUUUUAACUUGCUGUUUGGAUGGAACAUCUCUGACUACAGAACUUUUUUCAGCUCCAUGGUGACAGUUGUUGGUCUCCUGAUGGGAAUCUCUCAUCACAAGGAGGUUAUUGCUUUAGACCCAGUCCUGGGGUCCUUUCUGAUCCUCACCAGUGUCAUCUUGAUGGUACUUGUGAUCAUUAACCUUUUUGUUUCUGCCAUUUUAAUAGCCUUUGGUAAAGAAAGGAAGUCUCUUAAGAAAGAAGCUGCACUGAUAGAUAUGCUGCUACAAAAGCUCUCGAGUUUAUUAGGGAUCCUGCAGCACCAGAACACACCCUCGUCUAAGCAAGCCGCCAUGACAGCAGCGGGCACUGGCACUGAGGUUUCAGAUGAUGGCCUCUCUUAA